CACUCUGUCAGCAGUGAAAUGCGCAGGCGUGGGCGGUGUGCUCAUACCGUGCUGUUUGGAGAUGACGAGCCGGGGGUCCAUGGCUGCUAUUUUAUUGAUUUUCAUUAGCGACGGAGCACUCGGCAUUACCACCGCUCCCACGCUGGAAGGUGCCGGUUUCCGCGGGAGCGACGUCGGCGACGACCUUUCCCUGGAAAGCCCGGGUUCCCUUUUCGGGUGGGACGCGUCCCGCGAGGGUAGGCCUCUGCCCCGCUGGGUGCGGGGAGCCAGUGAGCCGCCGCCGCGGCCGGACUGGGACAGCAGCUCCAGCUCCAGCGCCAGCGCCGCCAGCUGGUGGAUGACUUCGCUGGCGGAGCCGCUCGCGGUGGGCGAAAGCUGCCGGCAGCUGCUGUGGGAUUUCGCCCAGAGCAGCGGGGCUCUGAUCAGCUGCGUGGUGAAGAACGCCCGGCCGGUGCGGCUUUGCGAGGAAUGCACCCCGCAGUUUCAAAGCUUGUGGGAGGCGUUCGCCAACAUCUCAAAAAAUUCAGGGAAUGUAAGCUGUUCAAAACAGCUUUUGAGAUCCGACCGUUUGCAGCUAGUCUUGAACAUGAAUAACUAUCUGCAAAAAAUUUGGACUGACUCCACGUGUGAUGCGUGCUUAAAUGAAAACAAAACAGCACCAUCAGUGGACACUUUAAUCUUUAGGAAGAUGCUGAAUGAUUCUUUGAGUUGUUUUGACCAUUACUCAUUGAAACGCACAGCUCUCGGGAACAAUUCUGAUGUUUGCGUGAAGUGUAAAGUUUUUUACAAUAAUUUAACUGAAUGGUACUAUAGCUUGGUGGAUAAGCAGAGUUUGUGUAUUGACAUCGUUGAUGCAAUGAACUUGACACAGCAGCUCUGGAGCAAAACCUACAACUGCACUGUCCCUUGCAGUGAUACUAUUCCAGUCAUUGCAGUGUCAACAUUUCUUCUUUUCCUACCUGUCAUCUUCUACCUCAGCAGCUUCCUUCACUCUGAGCAGAAGAAAUGGAAGCUUAUGGAGCCUAAACGCUUGAAGCCUUGCAGUAGCACAGCACAUAUUGAAGACCGAUCUUCCUGAAAUUCUACCAAUACAUUUUCUUCUUCAAAGAAAGAAGACCAAAUCUUCCUCGUGCAGAAAUAACAUUUGUGAGGAAAUGUAAUUGCAAUAAAUGUGGUUUUUGGACAACGCAUCCUUUGUAUUUGUAAUUUGAACACUUGAUGGUGUUUAAGAAAUUAUCUACUGAAAAUGUGCAUGUUGGAAAUGUGUUCAAAGCCACAUGAAGACUGCUAAAGAUACUUACUUAUUUAUCUUGUGUUUUUUUGCCUCUGCCUUAAGUUUAAGUCUGUAACUGAAGAAAAAUUAAAACUUUAAAUCUGGUUUUAUUGAAGUGCCCUAAGUUAGGGUAGAUCUCAGCUUUUUCAAAUUUAACAUUCAACUCUAAUGUUUACAUGUUGAGUUAAAAAGUUAACAGCAAUUGAGAGAAUUGCAAGCAUUUAAACCUAUAAGCUAGUUAGAUUGGUUUUGACUAAUUCUAAAAUACAGAUGAAUUAAAACAUACUGGAUGUUGUCCCCAGGAAUGAUGCAUCUUUUCCUGGUUUGAUAUGUUUCUAUAUUAACCCUGCUGAUUCUAAAUGAUGCACUAUUUUUCAAUAUGUAGUAGCACUGUAGUUAGUUGCCUGAGACAUCAAUUUUAGUUCAAAAUUUAGCUUGCUGAUUUUUCUUUAUUUGGUUUUUUUGUAAUUUAAAAUUACUGUGAUCAGGCACUACUGUAAAUAGCUAAAGUAGAUUCAGAAAAUAUUUUUAGAUUGAAACCAAGAAAUAGAACAGAUCCUCAAAAAUGAGGAGCACGUGGAGUUUGUGACCAGAUGUCCUUGAUUUUAUAGAAUAAUAAGUCUAUGCCAUGGAUAUGCAGUUAAUGAUAGCUACAUGUUGUAAUGGCAAAGUUUGGAUAAUCUGUAUGGAAGGGCAUAGUGUGAAUAUUUUCAGAUGGUUUUCCUCACCUGUAUUUUACUUUUGUGUUCUUGCAAUCAGUGCUUGUCUGAAUUUUCAAAAUGUAAAUGGAUCUAUUGUGAGUUACAUUGGGUAUGCAUUGUUUCUUUGUUUCUGGUUACUAUGUGUGAAUGGUUUUUGGAUCAAUAACCUUUUAAGCAAAAAUGAAGCAUUCCAUUAUAGUCACCUACUGACUUGUGAAAAGUUUGUGGUGUUUUCUUCCCUGUUAUUUUAAUGACCAGUUUUUUUUUGUUCAAACAUGGAUGUAUGGAAACAACACAAAGUUGCAUUUUAAAUUAAAUUGUUUGUACACUCAUUCAUUCAGGUGUGACCUUGUGGAUAUCUUUUGCUUUUUUUCUUCUGUUAAUGCUAAAUGCAUAAAUCUGGGCUGAUGUUUCAAAAUAGGACUUUGUUCACAAAACUGGUUGCAAUCAUUAAUUGGGGAGGGGGGAGCGGCUUGGGAAGGAGGAGUGGCAAACGUAGUGGGAAUACUGGAGGAAAGUAUUUGUUGUUCGAUUCUGAUUGAACAUUGUGUUCAUUUCUAAAUGUUUGAAUUUUGUUAGAAAAUGCAGCUCCAAAAGAAGGCUAUUCAGCCCACCAACUUGUGUUGGUAAUGUCAGCUCUUUAACCAGAGCUGCUAAUACCAAUGUAUGACAUUAGUUUGUGUAUGAAUUAAAAAUCCCAUUAAUAAAGCAGAAAACUAAGAUUAAUAUUUCAGAA